UCCUGCCCCGCCCUGAAUGAACACUGACUCGACGCUAUCAACCUCUGAGGGCCACGGAGGGAACUUCACUGUUAAAAGUACACAGAGAUUAUCAACUCUAGAUCUGCACCAAAAGUCCAAUGGUCAAUGUUUGCAUCGGGACUCCUGCACACAGCACCCAGACUGCAUGAAGGCUGCCGACUGGGUUUGAAGCAACCGAGCACGUCCUUAUUGACACCCAAAAACAAAAGUUAGGCCGGGGUAUCGCAGUCAUCAUGUCUGGACAACCUAAAUUUGUGAGCCCGUUUUACAGACCUCGGUGUUUGGCUGCUGCAGCUCCGGCGGGGAAAGCCAAACUCACGCACCCUGGGAAGGCUAUCCUGGCAGGUGGGAUAGCAGGAGGCAUAGAGAUCUGCAUCACCUUCCCCACAGAGUACGUUAAAACUCAGCUGCAGCUUGACGAGAAGGCAAAUCCUCCCAAAUACAGAGGCAUCGGUGACUGUGUGAAGCAGACAGUGAACGGUCAUGGGGUGGGGGGUCUGUACAGAGGGCUAAGCUCACUGCUGUAUGGCUCUAUACCCAAAGCAGCCGUCAGAUUUGGAGUGUUUGAGUUCAUCAGUAAUAAAAUGCGCGACGAAAAUGGAAGACUAGACAGCAAGCAAGGAUUGUUGUGCGGCCUUGGGGCCGGAGUUGCAGAGGCUGUGGUCGUAGUCUGUCCUAUGGAGACAGUAAAGGUCAAAUUCAUCCACGAUCAGACAUCAGCAAACCCAAAGUACAAGGGAUUCUUCCACGGAGUGAGGGAGAUUAUCAGAGUUGAAGGGCUGAAGGGAACUUACCAAGGCCUAACAGCCACCGUGUUGAAACAAGGCUCCAACCAGGCCAUCCGCUUCUACGUCAUGACUUCCCUGAGGAACUGGUACAAAGGUGAUGAACCGGACAAAGCCAUUAACCCGCUGAUAACUGGACUGUUUGGAGCUGUCGCUGGUGCUGUGAGCGUGUUUGGAAACACUCCCCUGGAUGUCAUCAAGACCAGAAUGCAGGGUCUCGAAGCUCACAAGUACAAAAGCACAAUGGACUGUGCCGUCAAGAUCAUGAAGCAUGAAGGACCAAAGGCGUUCUACAAAGGUACUGUGCCCCGGCUGGGUCGGGUGUGUAUGGACGUGGCCAUAGUCUUUAUUAUUUACGAGGAAGUUGUGAAGCUCCUGAACGUGGCUUGGAAGACGGACUGAAAUGGACCCCCCCACCCCCCUUCCCCCGGUGCUACACAACAAGCAGGAGAGUUGGGACAGGCCAUUCAUAUUAUUAACCGGGCCAAGUGCCAAACCAAUCUCCUUAAACCCUGCUUCUAGGUUCUAAUAUCUACCUCUAAGUGAUUUCAAAAGAGACAGAAAGGGAUUGGUAUGUUCUUUAUUUUAUUUAUAACAAAGCUACUACAAGUGGAAGUAUUAUCUGCUUGAAAGAAAGCUCCAGAUUGCAGACUUAGUGCUUACAUUUGCUUUUUCCCCCUUAAAUUCCAAAAGGGGGAAGUUCCUUAUGAAGAGCUCAGGGAAAGGAACGGAGCAUUGAUUUAGAUGUGCUCGACUAGAGAAAUGGGAAAACUGUCAUCACAGACAACUACAGCGCUUUGACUUCACUUAUACUAAUGCUGUAUGUACUUAAUCAAAGAGAAGCCAAUACCUGACCCAGCUUAAUGUGAUUUAGACACUGUAGGAAAUAAAUGAUACUUGGAAUGAAAGAUUAUACCAGAGAUCAAACGUUUUAAACCCUCUUUAUAUGCAAUUUCUUUUCUACAAGACUUUUAAUUUCCAUUAUUUCGUUCAGUAUCCGGUGGAAUCUUUUAUAUCGAGAUGUCACAUGCUGCAGAGGCAACAGGUACAUAAACAACUAAAUGCCUUAAAUCACAAUUCAAUGUCAGAUUAAUGAAGAUUGUAGGAUCCAUAGAGAUGCAGGUUUUUUUAAUUAUGUUGCAUAUGUACACAACUUCUAUAGAAAUGCACAUUUCCACAUAACAGUGGUUGAUGUGUAAAGAGGGUUCACUUUUAAAUUGCACAGAUGUUUUAAAUCAAUUAACUUACUAGAUUGAUGCUAUAAAAAAAAGUGCCUAUGCAUUGUAUGAUUCAUUUUGAGAUCUUUUGAGAUUAAGAAUGAUUGAAUGUUGUAUGGACUUUAGUCACUACAUGCUUUUUUAAUAAUGUUCUCAGUGGUGCCAGAAGUUUAAUUCCAGGAAGUUUCUGAGGUAUUUCUGAGAUGUUCAUAUCUUCUAAAUUCAUCAUUCACUGUUUGUAUUUUGAUGAAUAUUUGCUUAAAAUUUGCUUUUAUUGCAUAGACUUUUUUGAGAAGUGCCAUUAAUAGUGCCUUCCAUCUCAUUCCAGGGAGGACCCGAGCUUUAGGAUAGCUUUUAUUGCAGAUUCUGUUUUUAAUUUUUAACUAUAUUAAUUGCCUUUUACUUUUUACACCAACUUAUGAUGCCCAAUGUGCCAACUGCUGCUCAUAUACAGUGUAUAUAUAUAUAUACAUAUAUAUAUAUAUAUGAAGUCAUGUUAUAGACUAGAGUUUGUAGCUUGUGAGUCCGGCAUGUUUACAUGCAAUGCUAAUAAUUGUUUUACAAAUGUUUACUUUUAAGCUCCAGCUUGCAUAUAUGUAGACUCAAUGUCAUAGCUAUUUAAAUAUCUUUGGUCUUUUCAUAUGAAGAUGUGAAGGAUUUACAGUAGUUCAAACCAGGUAUUGUGCCUUCAGUCUAAUUAAUUCUAACAUGUAUGCACACAAAUAAACAUUGGAUCAGACUGCUAA